UCUCGCCCGCCUGGUUGCGGAGGAAGCGGCGUCACGCAGGGCCCGAGGCGAGGAAGCGACCGGUGUAGCGGCCUCCAGAAGGGAAACGUCGCCGGUGCUGUCUCUACCCGCGGUCAAACCCCGAGGGUCGUAGGCACCAUGGAUUACGGGGAAGAAAUGGAUCGGGACUAUGGGCAUGGUGCCUAUGGUGGCCCAAGACCUAUGGACUCUUAUAUAAACCAGUCAUAUGGAAUGGAAAGUCAUGGAGGAGGUGGUGGAGGUGGUAACAGGUUUGGACCUUAUGAGUCUUAUGACUCCGGGUCUUCUCUGGGUGGGCGAGAUCUGUACAGAUCUGGCUAUGGUUAUAAUGAACCCGAACAAAGCCGCUUCGGAGGUAGUUAUGGUGGUCGAUUUGACAGCAACUACCGGAAUAGCCUUGACUCUUUCGGAGGUAGAAACCAGGGCGGGUCUAGCUGGGAAGCACCUUACUCACGCUCAAAAUUGAGGCCUGGGUUUAUGGAGGACAGAGGAAGAGAGAGUUACUCUUCCUACAGCAGUUUUUCUUCACCCCAUAUGAAGCCUGCACCUGUAGGCUCUCGGGGGAGAGGAACGCCUGCUUACCCUGACAGUGGAUUUGGAAGCAGAAACUAUGAUGCUUUUGGAGGACCAUCAACAGGCAGAGGCCGUGGCCGAGGAUACAUGGGAGACUUUGGAGGCAUGCAUAGACCUGGAAUUGUGGUAGACUAUCAUAACAAACCCAGUUCUGCAGCAGUAGCUGCACGAGGAAUAAAGAGAAAAAUGAUACCGCAGCCGUAUAACAAACCAGGUGGGACAUUUAUCAAGAAACCCAAACUGACAAAACCUAAUGUGAAGAUGAACCAAAACAAACCUAACCCAAGGACACCAAGCAAGAAAACUACUGCUGAGGGUAAUGAAGCUGAAGCAGGCCCAAUUACGGAUGAAGACUUUACAAAAGAUGCCUAUGAUGGCAUCUAUCAGGCUUUUGAAGGUGUGAAGCCGGAAGUGAAAAAUGAAGAAGAAGAAAAACGUCGGAUUGAGGCAAGAAGAGAGAAGCAAAGGCGCAGGAGAGAAAAAAACAGUGAAAAGUAUGGUGAUGGUUACAGAAUGGCAUUUACCUGCUCAUUCUGUAAAUUUCGAACCUUUGAAGAAAAGGAUAUUGAAGCUCAUCUGGAAAGUCCUGUACACAAAGAAACUUUAGAUCAUAUUCAGAAACAAACCAAAUUUGAUAAAGUUGUGAUGGAGUUUCUACAUGAAUGUAUGGUGAAUAAAUUCAAGAAGACAGCUAUGCGUAAGCAGCAGACCGCUAGCCAAAUGGAAGCUGCCCUGAUGGUUGAAAAAGAUGUAAUGGAAGGUGUUACAGCUGAUGAUCAUAUGAUGAAAGUUGAGACUGUUCUGUGCUCUGCAUGUAGUGUAUAUGUUCCUGCACUGCAUAGUUCUGUUCAGCAGCACUUAAAGUCUCCUGAGCAUGCAAAGGGAAAGCAGACUUACAAAGAGCAAAUUAAAAGGGAGAGUGUCCUCACUGCUACUAGCAUCCUGAAUAACCCUAUUGUGAAGGCACGGUAUGAGCGCUAUGUUAAGGGUGAAAAUCCAUUUGAAAUUACUGAUCAGAAUCCAGAACAGCAAGGAGAAGAUGACAAGGCUGAUGAGCCUGUAGAGGAGGAAGAGGAGGCAGAAGCUGAGGAAGAGGAGGCAGAAGCCGAAGAACAAACUGACUUUACUCUUGACCAGACAGAAGAUAAUUAAACUAAACACAAGCAGAAAAAAUGCUGCUUUGUUUUUCUGUUAAGGUGGCUGUGUAAAGCUUCAAAUAGUUAAGUGUGAAAUUGUGUAAUCAUCCUUACCCUGUGCAUGCAUUCCAUUCAGAUGAAUAGUUUAUGUAAUUUUUUUUAGCUUUGCUCAGAACUAUAGGUAAAGCUGUUUUUAGUUAUGCUUUUAUAGUAACCAGGUGUUAGUACCGAUACAUUAUUGUAUUGUGUAUGUUUUUAAACAUUGGCUUUUUCCCUUGUGAUGUUGAGAAUUUGAUACAAUAAAGUGGAUAGAUUAAUCAUUUCUAUACAAAGGUAUGUCAGCUAAAUGCUUUGUGUCUUACAGCAGAUUUACUUCUAGAAUGUGUAUACUAAACCAAAUAUUUCUGGGAGUGUGGCUGUCUUUUGGACUGCAUCUCUUGGUGUAAAAUACAUGUUACGGCAUACCUUAUAGCUUUUUUUGUCAAAAUAUACAUGUUUGUAGCAAUAAAAUCUUUUGGAAACCUCA